AUGCUUGAAAGUCUUUUAUUACUAAUAAGGGCCAUAAAGAAUCUAUCCAUCCAAACCCUACUACUAUCACUAUUAAUGGCCAUAAGCCAUCUACCAGUCCGGACUCUACUACCAAUACUAUUAGUGGCCACAAAGUAUCUACUCGUCCGAAUUCUGCCUAAGUCAUCAAUACUAACCCAUAAAGCACCCACUUGUCCGGAUGCUGCUACUAUCACUACCAACACCAAUAAGUUAUUUAUCCAUCCGAACUCUACUAUCACUACUAGUGUUCAUGAAGCAUCUACCCGUCCGGAUGCUGCUAUCAUCACUACCAACACUAACAAUGCAUCUACCAGUCCGGAUGCUGCUACCAUCAGUACUACCAAUAAGUCAUCUAUCCAUCCGGAUGCUGCUAUCAUCACUAAUAAAGCAUCCACUCACCCCAACUCUGCUACCAGUACUCAUAACUCAUCUACCAGUCCGGACCUUACUAGACCCACAACCAAUGAAUGCCUUUCUUUUUCCUGCACCAGACACUAUAGGAAAGAAGAACCCAAUAAGAAGGGCAGCAAAUGGACUUAUAAAUAUUUCAUUACUAAUAAGAGCCAUAAGCCAUCUACCAGUCCGGAUGCUCCUAGCUAUACUAUUAACGCAUCUAUACGUCCAGUUAGUACUAAAUCAUUACUAGUAUCCAUAAAGCAUCAAUCCAUCCAAACCCUACUACUAUCAUCAAUAAUGUCCAUAAGCCGUCUAUCCAUCCAAACUCUGCUACCAAUACUCAUAAAGAAUCUACCCGCCCGGAUGCUACUAUCAUCACUACCAGUGGCCAUAAGCCAUCUAUACGUCCGAACUCUGAUACUAUCAUUACUAUUACUGAUGCUUCUACUUUCUACCCGUCCGGACCCUACCAUUAUCACUAUUAAUGCCCAUAAGCCAUCUACCCGUCCGGAUUCCACCAAACCCAUGAACUAA